CCUGAGAAGAGCUCUUCUCCGUGUGCUGCUGAAAAUGGCAUGGACCCUGAGGAGGAGCCUCUUCUCAGAAAAAAUCCCCGCCGGUUCGUCAUCUUCCCUAUCCAGUAUCCAGACAUAUGGAAAAUGUAUAAACAGGCUCAGGCCUCCUUUUGGACAGCAGAAGAGGUUGAUUUGUCAAAGGACCUUCCUCACUGGAACAAAUUGAAAGCAGAUGAAAAAUAUUUUAUCUCUCAUGUUCUGGCAUUUUUUGCAGCCAGUGAUGGAAUUGUAAAUGAAAACCUGGUGUCUCGUUUUAGUCAGGAGGUGCAAAUCCCAGAAGCUCGUUGUUUCUAUGGCUUUCAAAUUCUCAUUGAGAACGUUCACUCAGAGAUGUACAGCUUGCUCAUAGACACCUACAUCAAAGAUCCUGAAAAAAGGGAUUUCUUAUUUAAUGCUAUUGAAACAAUGCCUUGUGUCAAGAAGAAAGCAGAUUGGGCUCUGAAGUGGAUUGAAGACAGAGAAUCCACUUUUGGUGAGAGAGUGGUUGCCUUCGCUGCAGUCGAAGGAAUCUUCUUUUCGGGUUCCUUUGCUGCCAUAUUUUGGCUGAAGAAGAGGGGCCUGAUGCCUGGACUGACUUUCUCCAAUGAACUGAUUAGCAGAGAUGAGGGCCUACACUGUGAUUUUGCUUGUCUGAUGUUCCAUUAUUUAGUGAACAGACCAUCAGAAGAGCGGGUCCGUGAGAUUAUCGUUAAUGCUGUUGAAAUUGAGCAGGAGUUUCUAACAGAGGCAUUACCUGUAGGUCUGAUUGGAAUGAAUUGCACUUUGAUGAAACAAUACAUUGAAUUUUGUGCAGACCGGUUACUGAUGGAGCUUGGCUUCUCGAAGGUCUUUCAUGCAGAAAAUCCUUUUGAUUUCAUGGAAAACAUUUCUCUGGAAGGAAAAACAAACUUCUUUGAGAAGCGAGUUUCAGAAUAUCAACGUUUUGCUGUUAUGGCAGAAACAAUGGACAAUGUCUUCACUCUGGAUGCAGAUUUUUGAUAACCUAGCAAAUGAACAGUGACUCUUUCCUUUUCCCUGUCUCAGUUUCUGCUGUGAAGCAUUUCCUCUUCUGGAAUUGGAGUCUACUGGGAUUUUUUUCAUGGGUUUUCACAUUAUUUAUCUGAGGAGUAGAUA